AUGGAGUCCGCGCUAGAGGCGCUGAUGCAGUGCCGUCCUUUCACCGAAGCGGAGCGGCAGCUCCUCCUCAAGGGUGUUGGCUGCGUGGCGCUCGAGUACGCGGAGAUGCUGCUGCGUGAAGGCGCUGCGGUAAAGACAGUGCUGCGGCGUACCGCGGAGCACCUUUGCCUGGCGACUGAGGCAAUGGAACAGUACCUGUGCCACCUGCCGGAAUCACUCCCCGCCUUUGCACAGGCGCAGCUGAAGCUCGUGCGGCUUCUCCUCAUCCUCGGCGUGGAGCAUCCCAGACCCGCUGUAGGAGAAAACCCCUUUCUUGAACACGCAAUACACAUGGUAGAGGAACUUCUUGCUGAGAUUUCCCUUCUUUCUCCGUCUGGCGGUACAGAAAACGACGCCGCGCUGCAGCGUGCGUGGCGGUGGACGCGGGCACGCCUCACCUCUCAGGUGUUAGAGGCACACGGGGAUAUUCUCACCGCGCAGGGACGUCACCGGGCGGCGGCUCUGUGUUUGACACGAAGCCUUGACGAAUACGGCACAGCCGUUUCUACUUAUUAUGGUGGUGGCAAUGAUGAUGAUGAUGGGCGGAAUGCUGACACGAGACUCAAAGAGAGUGUCGAUGUCGUGCGGCUGCGCCUUCGUGUGAAGUAUGCAGAGGCGUUAACACGCAGUGGGGAUUAUGUAAAGUCGGUGCAGCUGCUGCAGCGACUUCGGGCUGAGGUGACUCCAUCGUCUGGCGGUGUUCCUCCUGACACUAUUGCUACUGUCAUGCAGGCGUUGGGAAAUGCCCUCACCGCGUGCCACCGGCUGCAGGAAGCGCAGCAGUGCUACGAGGACGUGGUUGAAUGUCUUGAAGCUGGCGACGACGACGUAUUCCGCAGCGCCGCGAUGGACCGCCUCGCGGACAUUGCGCUCUGCUGCGGCAAGGUCAGUGAAGCGGUGGUGUAUUUCCGCCACGCGCUGCGGUUGCGGCGCCGCACGCUUGGUGACUGCCACCUGGACACAGCUGCGUCCCACCGGAAUCUCAGCGAAGCGCUCUUUCUCCACGCCCGCUACACUGAGGCGGAGGAACAUGCCGAUGCGUGUAUGCGCAUUGUCAUGCACCUGUACACUGGAGCUACUGCGCGCCAUCUGCACGAUGACCUUGCGGGUUCCCCUGAACGUGUAGGGCGCAUUGCAUCCGGUGGUGGUCUCCUCGGUGUGGCGUGUGCGCAUCGCAGCCCAUACGUGCAGCACCCGCUCUACGCAGCGGCAGCACGACGCAAGUCGGAGUGCAUUCAGCUUCGCAAGAAGGCGCGGAUUCUUGGUAGUUGA